CGCUCCACCCCCAGCCGGGCCUGCUGACCGCGCCGAGCGCCGGGCUGGACUGACCGCGGCGGCUGAGCCUGGCGAGCAGCCGGCCCGCCCCUGAACCACGCUCGAGCAGUCGCGGACGGCUUGAAUUGAUUGAGGCGCCGCGGCCGCGGGAGGUGAGAGGAAGGAGGAGGAGGAGGAGGAGGAUGUCGCGCCGAGAGGCCGGCGCCCAGAGCAGCCCGUGACUUGGCGGCGCGGGCCGUGGUAGACCCAGGCGCGAACUCGGACUUUGUCUUUGGGGGCCCCGUGCUCGGCCGGCCCUUCUUCCCGGUUUCCGGUGGGGGAUCCCAGAGGAGCCUCUGUCCCUCCAGCCUUCCUCCACCAUGUCCAAGAUGCCGGCCAAGAAGAAGAGCUGCUUCCAGAUCACCAGUGUCACCACGGCUCAGGUGGCCACGAGCAUCACCGAGGACACCGAGAGCUUGGACGACCCGGACGAGUCGCGCACGGAGGACGUGUCCUCCGAGAUCUUCGACGUCUCCCGGGCCACGGAUUACGGCCCCGAGGAGGUGUGCGAGCGCAGCUCCUCGGAAGAGACGCUCAACAAUGUCGGGGAUGCGGAAACCCCCGGGACCGUGUCCCCGAACCUCAUCCUCGAUGGGCAGCUGGCAGCCGCCUCGGCUGCGCCCGCCAACGGAGGCGGCGGCGUGUCGGCCCGGAGCGUGGCGGGGGCGCUCGCCCAGACCUUGGCGGCGGCGGCGGCGGCGGCCGCCACCACGUCGGUGCCCACUCCGGGGCCGAGUAGUGCCACUCCACCUCAGCCCCCCGCCACUUGUAGUUCCCGUUUCCGCGUGAUCAAGCUCGACCACGGGAGCGGAGAGCCGUACCGGCGCGGCCGAUGGACGUGUAUGGAAUACUACGAGAGGGAUUCGGAUAGCAGCGUCCUCACCCGGUCCGGGGAUUGCAUUAGGCACAGCAAUACUUUGGAGCAGACUGCGGAGCGGGACAGCGGCCUGGGCGCCACCGGAGGGUCUGUGGUGGUGGUGGUGGCCUCCAUGCAGGGGGCGCACGGGCUGGACUCGGGCACUGACAGCUCCUUGACUGCUGUGUCACAGCUACCCCCGUCGGAGAAGAUGAGCCAGCCCACUCUCGCCCAGCCGCCGAGUUUCAGCGUUGGGCAGCCGCAGCCUCCGCCGCCCGUAGGUGGGGCUGUGGCUCCGAGUUCGGCGUCGCUGCCGCCGUUCCCGGGAGCCGCGACCGGGCCGCAGCCCAUGACGGCAGCCGCUCAGCCAGCCCAGCUCCAGGGAGCCGUGGCCGGCGGCGGCGCCCUCCCGGGGCCUCUUGGCCAGGGUCUGCCACCGACGAAUGUCAACCUGGCGCAGCCUGUGGCCCUGGGGACUCAGCCGGGCCCGGCGGUCGGCACUUCGCUGCCGCAGCAUCCCCAGCAGUUCGCGUAUCCCCAGCCUCAGCUACCACCCGGGCAUUUGUUGCCCGUUCAGCCCUCGGGCCAGAGUGAGUACCUGCAGCCGCACGUGGCCCUGCAGCCGCCAAGCCCUGCGCAGCCCUUGGCCACAAGCGCUGGCGCGACCUCUGCUUCUGCGGCCAGCUUUCCUUUGGGCUCUGGCCAGAGCGUCUCCUCCUUGGGUGCGCAGAUGAUGGGCCCCUCUUCCCAGCCCAGUGAAGCUGUGGCUCCGGGUCCGGUUCCUGGCGUCCAGGCCGCUCCUUGUCAGCCGGCGGGAGUGGCCCCAGCUGCUAUAGGAGGCGUGGUGCAGCCAGGCUCGGGGCUUACCGGCGCUGGGCAGCCCCAGACCGUGCAGCCUCCUCCGCAGAUGGGUGGCAGUGGUCAGCUGUCAGCCGUGCCUGGUGGUCCUCACACCGUGGUGCCCGGAGUUCCAAACGUGCCUGCAGCGGUACCCGCUCCAAGCGUGCCUAGUGUGCCCACCACUUCUGUUACUAUGCCAAAUGUACCCGCGUCUCUGGGCCAGUCUCAGCAGCUGAGCAGCCAUACGCCAGUCAGCAGGAGCAGCAGCGUCAUCCAACAAGUUGGGCCGCCCUUAGCGCAAGGCACACACAGUGCACCAACAAGUCUACCACAGUCUGACCUAAGCCAGUUUCAGACUCAGACCCAGCCUUUAGUCGGGCCAGUUGACGAUACUAGAAGAAAAUCAGAACCCCUACCUCAGCCACCGCUCUCUCUCAUUGCUGAAAAUAAGCCUGUUGUGAAGCCUCCAGUUGCAGAUGCCCUGGCAAACCCCCUUCAGUUAACACCUAUGAACAGUUUGGCCACCUCUGUAUUCAGCAUAGCUAUUCCUGUUGAUGGUGAUGAAGACAGGAAUCCUUCAACAGCUUUCUACCAAGCGUUCCAUUUGAACACGUUUCAGGAAUCAAAGAGCCUCUGGGAUAGUGCAUCUGGGGGCGGUGUUGUAGCCAUUGACAACAAAAUAGAACAAGCAAUGGAUCUGGUGAAAAGCCAUUUGAUGUAUGCAGUAAGAGAAGAAGUGGAAGUUCUAAAGGAGCAAAUAAAAGAAUUAGUGGAAAGAAACUCUUUACUUGAACGAGAAAAUGCACUGUUAAAAUCUCUUUCAAACAAUGAUCAGUUGUCCCAACUCCCAGCCCCACAGGCCAAUCCUGGUAGCACUUCUCAACAACAAGCAAUGAUAGCACAGCCGCCUCAGCCAACGCAACCUCCACAGCAGCCGAAUGUCUCCUCAGCAUAAAGCUUUCCUAAGCCUCAGUAAGGAAAAACUGAAAGCAAUCUUUCCUUGUGUGCCACUGGUGUUCUUUCCACUUUCUAGAAAGCAAGUAGCCAUGCUUGCUUCGGCUGUGUGCUUGGCCUUUUCAGUAUUAGACAAUCGUUCUCCAGGAGCUUUCCCUCUCUAAGAUGUCCUGCCGCACUGUUGAUGUCCACUUGUAUGCCAUCAGUACAGAGGAGAAUAAUAGACGGGGUUUAUUAAAGAAAGCGAGCAGUCUUCACGCUACAUGUACACAUGAGUGGGAUCUUUAAAAGUUUGGGUGGCUCUCCCAUGUCUCUUAUCACCCGUGGAUUUACCUUGAGCCUUCCUGUCACAUUAUAAGUAACAGUUCAUCUAAAGAGCCACUUUUCUUUCAAUAUCAGUAACAUUUGCCUACGUAAGUUUUCAUUUAUUUUGUGUUUUAUUUAUUACAGGGCUGCUAUUUUCAUAAUGUACAUGAACAAUGUCACAGAACUUUUUUAAUUUUUUUGAAUAAUUAUAAGUAUCAGUAAAGGAAUUGAAAGACAGGAUUACAUUUAAUAAAUAAAACGUUUAGGCAAUAAUUGAACAAAAGAAUCCUGGCACAUUUCUAACACUAAUGGCAAUUUACCGUUGGUAUUUAUUUUCACUAGUAAAGAUCCAGCUUGAAUGUAAAUUUUGUAUAGUGUAAGUAUGAAAAACACAGUGCACCUGUACAGGUAGUCACCAGUUAUUGUGAUAUAAUAAAUAAUUGGGCUAUUUUCAUGAAGAAAACUUUGUUCAUUUGUUUCUACUUUCUAAUAGAAAUUGCCACGAUUCCUCUGCUUUUCAACAUUUCGUAUGACCUUUUUUUUUUUUUUUUUUUUUUUUUGGGUGGGAAUAAAAAAGCUGUGAAAUUGUUCAACCUACUUUGUAACCAAAGAAGCAAAGCUGUGUAAUGGAGUUUUGUUUUGUUUUAUAAUGCACAUUCUUUAUGUAUUUUUAUUUAGUGUUUUCUUGGUCACAAUUUUCUUUGCUGUCUAGCAUGAUCUGCAUGGCCUGUAAUCUCUGAACCACUUUCGUACCUCAUGUUUUUAUCCAGCACUCUUAUUGUACUGUGUACUAGUCUGUGAACAAUGUCAAAUAAAAAGAACGAACAGGUCGUAUGGUGGAACUGAGCUAGUGUACAAUGCACCAGUUGUACAAAAACAAAAAUGAAGUGAGCCAUCUUUUGUUCAUUUAAAAUGGUGUUUUGAAUUUCAUAUGCAGAAAACGUUUUGUUACAUUGCAGAUUUUAAUGUAUUUAAUAAAUGCAACAUGCAGAUUAAGUGCAGUGUAUACUGAGUAUUUAAAUUAAAAUGUACAUUUCAUAAAUACAGUUUCAAGAGAAAGCAUCAUUUUGUGUAUACUAACACAUUAAGUGUAUGUCAGAAAUUGAUGUAAAAAUAUAUAUUUUAACACAUUUUCUGAAAUUAAACUACAGUUUUGUUCAAAUAUUUGGCUCUAUAUGUGUUCAGAAUUUGACUAGAUUUGUAUUUUCACAGUUUAAAAUAAUUCCUUAAAUGAAAACCCAUGAUGUUAUUAAUGACAAUGGUAGUUCUUAAAUUUUCAAAGUGAAGUAAUUUAAAGAACACAAGAAUGGUGAGCAAUAUUUGUACUCAAUAUUCAUAUUAUGUUAACAAUAUAAAUAGGAAAUCCUCGUCUACCAAAACUUUUACUUGAAUUCAGAAAGGUGCCUGUAGAAAUUAACAUGUCCUGUAUCGGUAGCCCACUAGCUAAUUCAGUCUUAAUGAGAAACAGUAGUUAGCUCUCCAUGUUAGAAGAGGUUAAAUGUUCUGUAUCUAUUUGAAUCAUUCUAGCUUCAAACGAAAGUCAUAAAAUUGAAACAUACAUGAGAUUACCAAAUAUUUUGUAUUCUAGUUGUGCUAUAGGAAAUAAUGCUCAGUAAGCAAAAUUUUCAUGUUAAUUAGUAACAUUAGAAAUACUUAAAAGAACUAGAUAAAUGUAAACUUGAGUAUGUAAUAACCCUAAAGAUGAAAAGUGAGAUUCUCAUAGAGCCACCGUGGGCAAGAUAGGAUGUGAAACUGCUUUUGGAAUGUGAACCUGAAGAUUCUCUUGGUGCCCUUCCAGUGCUAAUAGUGUGGUACUUCAUUCAAAGAAGAAUUGGCACUAGGAAAAGGUUGCAGGAGGAGACAGUUAAAUGGCAGACUGCUGCCCAAGAAUGCACAAGAUCUUCCUGGCGCUGGGAAAAAAAAAAAAAAAAAUUAGUGUGAUUUUUGUGAUGAUAAGAAACGUUUUUAUUCUAGGGCUAGAAAAACACAAACAAAAUGUAAUAGUCACCAAGGAAAUAAUUGGUAUUUUAUGGUUUAAAAUGGUAACAGCAAUUGCCACUAGUACUAGUCUUUAAGGCGGGGGGGGGGGGGGGGGUCUUAGAAAAUGGUUAACAAAAAAUAAAAUUGGUUCCAAAAGGAUUAACUUCCAGUAAACUAAAAAAUAGAAAUUUUAAUCAGUUAUUACAUCUUUUAAAUAGCAGGAGUUAAUGUAGAAAAUAAAGUGGGCUUUCCUGUGUUCUCCAGGAUGGAAUUUGGCAAUGUAUAUUAAGAACUUUAAAUAAUAAACUAGCUCAGUGGCGUGAUGCUUAACUCAAGGUGCAGUGUUCAAAAAAUGCAAGCAUGUGCCUGUCCUGUGUGUCCACUCCUAACGUUGGAACUCAAAAGUUUUAUAGAUCACCUACCCUGUCCCCUACUUAAAGUUGUCCAAUUAAGUUUACAUAUAAAUCUGUUCCCAUUUCCAUGAGGCACAUUGAACUCGAGAGACAGGAACAAAGGUGGGCCAAGUAUUGUGCUUUUGUUUGGAAAUAAUUGAAUUUGAAUUAUUUCUCCCUAAUUGGUUUGUUUAGGAUCUUCAUUUGGAUUAGAUCUCUGUUGGGGUUAAAGUCUCCAAAUAUGUAGAACAUCAAAUAGUUGAAAUUCCAAUUUGGGGCAAGUCUUACAGGAAUGUCAUCCACCUUUAAUUUUUUCCGUCUCAGCGUAUAGACCAGGUGCUACUAAAUAAGCUUUAUGUUGGCUUAAUUUUCUGAUAUGGUAAUGCAUGUACAAUUGGAACCCAACUUUGCCCAGAGAAAAUUAUUUUUAGGUAGUCCUAAUGUAAUCUUAAGAUGUAUCCAACAAAACAAAAAUGUGUAGGGAGUUGGAGAAUCAAGCAUUCGGCUUUUUUAGCUGUUAGAUGAAGCUGUUUGGCCCUCAUGACAGGUCCUUCAUGAUGGAUAUGUUUAAAUUCUCUUCAGUGAUUCUGUUGAAAGGGGAAGCCCUAUCAGAAUUCACAAUUAAAUUGAGGCUACACAAACCAACCAAUACAGUGAGACAAAUCCAGUCAAGGGUGGAUUGCAUAGAGGUUUCCUGAAAUGAGUCUUGAAGGUCACAAGAGCCAAGAGGAAGAAGGGUGUUCCAAACACAAGAAAAGCCUGCUCAAAGUUCUCAAAACAUAAACAGGGCUCCUAAAGAGCACAGAACUUUGUGGGAGAGAAACAAGAAAUAACUGCCCCAUCAGUGUUGGUAGUUUGGCACUAUUUGAAAACAAGAAUGACUCCUUGGAUGAUGGCUAGUGGGAUGUGCUCAGUUCAGUUCAGUGGUAGAGUGGUGAGUGGAAACUGGAAGCAAAUAAUUUAGAAAAAAGUAAUCCAGAAAAGUGAGAGCAUUCCAUGGGGAAAUUGAAGUUUAUUGAAGUUGAGUAUUCCUCUACCCCUUUUCAGUGAAUAUUCUACUCUGUGUCAGCACUUUGCUUUGUUCUCUUGUUUCUUUGAGGAAACAUCUCAGCCAAUACUGGGAAGUUCAGUCAGUCUUAUGUCCAGUAGCCAUGCAUCUCUGCAAAAUUAAUGUCUUUGUUUCCCAUUGAAGGAAUUGCAAGAAUUUGACAAAAGAGUGGGGCAAACAGAGGAACUUGGUCACUCUGUGCUUCUGUAAAUUCAGCCCAAUGGUAAACAGUCCUCUGAUGACGGGUGUCACCAUAAUUCCAUAGCCUCUUGCUCUCUGAAGAGAUGUAUGAAUUCUGACUCCAGUGCAGGUACUGACAUGUAAGGAUAGGUUUUCCUUUAGCUUUGCCUUUCAUUCUCUAACAUAGGUCAAACCCACAGCCUUCACGUCCAUACUCUGUUGAUGUAAUAACAGACUUUCUCUCCCGCCCCCCUGCUUUAAGCCCCUAAUAAUUCAUGUUUCUGUUUUCUGUGCUAAUCACUUCUGGUGCUUAUUUGUACCAGUUGGCAAACUGACAUUCCAAGGUACAUCCCUGUCUAAUUUUCAUACCAGGUUACGAAUUUCUCCAUCUAAAUCUCUAAAUGCACGUCUUUUCUAUUUAAGUGAAGGGUUAUACAAGUGUGCUCUUGGACUAUCAUUGGUCUGCCAUGUUCAAAUGUAGAAAUUGCUAAAAAGUACUAUAGAAAGCAAUGUAACGUUCACAGACCUGUACUUUGUCUUUCUUCUGUGUUUUAAUGUAUUUGUGAGAAAAAUCGGCAGUCGUUUAGGAUUGGUGAUUGGUGAUGGCAAGAUAAGCUGUUAUUUCACACUGGCACAGUCCACUUGGACACUAAAUUUGUUCAACAUGAUUGGGUAGUGAGUUAGCUUUGGUUUUCCUUUUCUUACCAGGGGAACUGAUAAAGUAGGCAGUUUGGAGUAUUUUCUGACUGCCCAGUGUCAUGGAUCCAGAGUCCCUGUGUUUACAGACUAGAACCUGCCCACAGAAGCCAUAAUGUUCCUCUGAAAGAAGGAAGGAAAGGAGAUGUGCUAACUUUAGAAAAAUGAUUGAAGUUUCAGACAAGCCAAAUGACACACUUCAGCUUCUUCAUAAUGAAAGUUGAGGUCCUUGUAGUUCCAACUGUUUGCAUGUUUUCAUUAUUUCCAUAAAACAACUGUAAAGUGCUCUUGUCCACUGCAAUCCAAAAUGUCUUCCAGAUCACAGUUUCUACUGCUAUUUCACAAGCAAUCAGCUCAUCUAUAACUAGAUAAACCUGAAGACGGCAGACGAGGGAGCAUCUCCCACCCAUGGCAUGUGUGAUGCUAGGCCAGCGUCUAGUUCUAGCUCACUGAGAAAUAAAAUUUGCAAAUCUCUUGAUAAGGUUGUAGUCUUUCUUACAUAGACAAAUAUACAUGCUGACGUUUUGGGAAAUAAUUUGGGCUUUAUUUCUUAGAAACAUUGGAGAGCAAUUCAAUUCUAUCUCAGCUUAGGUGCUUACCCCUAUACUGAAUGUUUGAGAACAGAAAGCUGUGUAGGGCAUGAUCUGUGCCCCCCAAGAGCUCAUCAUCCAAUGAAAAGUAGAAGCUGCUGUACCAUGUUGCUUCUCCAGAAUAAAUACAGUUUAUAGACCUUGUGUCCUUUGUUAGAUGAAAGUAGUAAUUUGCUGUGUCAUGUGAAACCCCUUGCCAUUGCCAGGAAAUAACUAAGUCACCAAAAAGCUUUAGCAAAAUUAAUCCUGGAAGAGGAGACCAGGCAAAAGGAGACUUUCCACACCGAUACUGAGCCUGGGAGUUGCCCCUAAAAAAGAACUAAUCUGAGAGAAGUUUACACAUUUUUAAUACUCUCAGUUUGUAGAUAAUGGAUCUAAUUUAACCUAAUGACUAGAAUUUACAUGUCAUGAAUUAUAUUGUGUCUUGUCUCACGAAUAAAUGCAUUUUUGGCUGUCUUAACCAGCUAUCAUUCAAUGAAUGAAGUUAAUAACUCAGGUACCUGAUGCCAAAAAUAAAUCUCUAAUAGAACUGAGAAUUCAGAGAUAAAUACAAGGCUAUGUGUUAAGUAAGUGAUAAGCCUUACAUUUCCCAUCAGGGCGGGAAGAAUGGCUUAGUCAACAGGUAGUAUUGAGACAGUGUAACCUUUGACCAAAAAAAAAAAAAAAAAAUGGUAAGCUUAGCUCUCUCACAAAAAUUAAAACUUCCAGCUACACUAGAAGUGAGUCUUCUGCUUUGUGAAAUUCAAAGCCUUCAUAAUGCAUGAAAGUGAGUAAUUUUACAAAUAAGUUAUGAAGAGCUGCUCAGCCCUGGCCAAGCAAAGUGCACAUGAAACAUACUAUCUCAGAUCCAGUUGAUGAGCAUUAGACACAUAGGAUUAAGAGCUGACAAGUCUGGGAAAACAGGAAUCUGACAUCAUACAAGUUUGCACAGCCACUUUUAAAGGCAGCUGGGGAAAUGAACUUUUAGAUGCCCUGUGACCCAAUGGUUCCAAUUUCUAAUAUCUACCCUAAAAAACACACAUGUGUUCACAAGGCAGCUUGUAAGAGCAUACAGUUGGAAAAAUCAAAAUCCACCAAGAUAAUGGAAUAUAUGCUCGAUGCUAUAAAAUAUUAGGUAUCAGAAAAAGAAUGAAGAAGUAGAAAUGUGUGCUGACAGUAGAUCUCUAGGAUGCAAUGUUAAAUUUGUUAAAAAGUUUGGGGGGGAAAUACAUGUAAUACACAUGAUACUGUUGAUGUUUAAAAAUAAAAAAAAAACAUGCCAUACACAAUACUGUAUAGUGUACUUCUGCAAAUCCCUAUCUGUGUACAAUAUAAAUAUAGAGAGAAGGUUUGGAAGGGUACUAACCAAGCUGUUUACAGUAGUUUGGUGGUGUGCGUUAGCUUAAACUGUAAUAUUUGAUGUUUUUGAAUCUGCAUUCAUGUACUGUUUGUGUAAUGACAAAUUAAUAAAUUAGAAAUAAAAUGAAA